AUGCUGCCUGCCAAAAUAUCAAAAAAGUCAUCAAGGAAACCAAGAAUUGCCAUUCCACCCUGUGCCAUGCUGAUGGAUCCAGACGGAUGGGCAAGAUUUGCAACCGAUCUGACUGUAACUGCAACCAUCGCACGUGGCAACAAGAAGGGAAGAGCGAACAUGCUUGCUCAACUACAGAUGAAACAAGCAAUGGACAAAUUGAAAAUGAAACAGUUAUUGGAAAGUACAUUGGGAUGUGCAGAUAUUGUGCUGGAAAUCAUGUCAAACUAUAGUGAUGAGGAAUUCCUUGCUGAAUUGAUGAAGUAUUUGAUUAAUUUUCCUGAUUUGGUAAAUAGAGAAGCUUGCUUGCAAAUUCUCAUGCACAGAAGAGUUUGGUGUUGUAACAAUAAUAGUCAAUUAGAAUUUUUACAUGGUUGGUUGGAAAAUGAGCCAAUUAUUCAUGACACUGAAUGUGUUGUGAGAUUUUCAAAAUAUUCACUUAAAUUCAUGUCCACAAUUGAAAAGUUUAGUACAGUUACCUUAAAUGGUAUCUCAAUUACAAAGAGACAAUUGGUUGACUUGAUGAAUGCAAGUACCAGUAAGAUCCAACAUUUAAAAUUCAACAACUUUCGGCUCCUCAACCCAGAAUCUCGAUUCUCAAAAAGAAUUUUUAGAAUUACACCUUAUUUGAAAAAGUUGACAUUUGACUUUGAAUUGCCAUUCAUUAGAACCUUGACAAAUGAAGGGAAAGCUAAGGAAAUUGAUAACCCAAUAUUUACACUUGUCAAUAAUCUUGAUUUGAUUUCUUCCAAUAUUGAAGAAUUAUCAUUCUCAAAUAUAAUUUACGACAAUAGUGAUUUCUCACUUAUUUCACAUUUAGGUAACAAGUUGACUCGAUUAUUAUUUACAACACCACCAAAUAAUUAUGACAUUUCCACCAUUGCUCCCAAUCUUGAAUAUUAUGAGAGUCACAAGUUUCCAGACAGAUCCAUCACAAUUCCAACUCUCUGUGUUUCACAUCCAAGUCAAGAAAACCUCUUAAAUCAUUCAAGUGAAAAGGUCAGGAAAUUGAUCCUUCGUAACACUGUUAGUUCAUGUAAAGAAUUGAGAUCCUUUUUGAAUGAUGUAUUGGGGAAAUGUUAUCCUAAUUGUGAAGAAUUGAUUAUUCCAGAAACAUUCUUGCAAUCAUUGUCCAAGGAAGAUUUGAAGGGACCAGAAAUUGUGUGUUCAUUGAAGAGAAUCAUUGUUAAGCAUUCUAGCUCCACGCAACCAUCCAAAUAUGGUGCACUCAAGCUUGCUUUAUCCUUUUUCUUUCCUUCAAAUACAGUAUUCCUAUUCGAAACCAUUCAAAAAGAGGAUAAUUUUGGAACCCUUCUUUCCAGUAACAGAUCUAUCAAAGUUGACUGCUAUGAAGAUGUGCUCUUCAAAAGAAUUGAAAGCACCGAAAGACAUUUCAAAGUAUUGGACAACUCUCUCAUUACCAAACAAAUCAGAAAGAUUAAGAAGAAAUUCAUUAAAUGCAUCAUUUCUAAUAAUUUUUCAAAAUUCCAACGCAUUAAUGAAUCAUUGGACAUUUUGGAAGGAUUGAAACGUAACAAACAACUCAUGCUCCAUACCAUCCAUCAAGCUAUAGAAAAUUAUCAUGACAUAUUUGACAAUGAUUCAUUAUUCAUGUCAAUUAGUGAAAAGUUUGACAAGUGCAUGUCAAUUCUUGAAGAUGAAUACAUUAGUGAACUUGACUUUGCCCAAUGCUACAAUAAAUUGGAACUUCUCUUCCACCAAAUGAUUAAGGUAAUUGAGGAGAAUGGCUAUCCCACAAAAGUCCUCUUCAAUGAACAAUGGUUCAAUGAGCAAAUUGUUGAGAUUUAUGGUUUUCAAUCGGAUGAAGUUCAGGUCUAUGAAGAUUCACAAGAAGAAAUGGAGCAGGCAAGUUAUGAUUUAAUGCAAAUGGAUGAAGUAAAUAUUGACAUGGAAGAUGUUGUGUAG